GAUAUAUAAGUGAUCUGACGGGGUACACGAGAUGUAGUCAGUCCACAGUACCGACAAGAGAUCGCAAGCACUUGGAGCAACAUGUUUAAGCUGAUCGUCCUUCUCGCCACUAUCGCCUACGCAUCCGCCGGCGGCCUAUACUCCGGAUACGGAGGACUUUACGGCUACGGCGGUUACGGAUACGGUGGUUACGGCUUGGGUCAUGGAGUAGCGACGUACGCACCUUACGCAUACGCGCACGCUCCGGUUGCGACCAGCUACGCCAAUACGUACAAGGUCGCGGUAGCUCCACCCAUCACUAAGCUCGCCGUUGCACCUGCCAUCACAAAAGUAGCGUAUACCGCACCUAUCACAAAGGUGGCCUACGCUCCGACUUACUCCGCACCAGCGGUGAGCUACAGCCAUGGAUACUCAAUUCCGCCAUCGGUCACCUACCUCGGUCACAGCGGUCUUGGAUACGGACAUGGAUAUGGUGGAUAUGGUCUUGGAUAUGGUCUUGGAUAUGGUCAAGGCUAUGGCUACGGACUCGGCUACGGCCACGGUUAUGGAUACGGUGGAUAUUACCACUGAGUAAAACCAAGUUAAAGUCUCGGGGAAUAAAUGCCUCGACAAGUUUGAUUAUAAAUGGCUGGCCAUACGCAGCCUACCGUACUGCCACAAACAUUGUCAUCGGCUAUGUACAUGAUGUUUCUAAUACAUAUUUUCAUCUUUUA